AUACACUAUUCUUAUCUCUUCCUGGUUCAUAUUUCGGGUAAUUUUUAGUCCAUUUCUUAACAAUUGCUGCGCAAUAUUUAGUACGUUUUGUGUGUGUAUUACAGUGAAAGUGAAACCUGCGCCAUAGCAAACAAAAAAAUAAUAGAAAAUAUUUUUGAAAAUUUAAGAAUUAAACAUAAAAUAUAAAUUAACAACCAAAGCAAAAUGUGUGGGGGUUUUACCUGCUCGAAGAAUGCGCUUAUUGCGCUUAACAUUUUAUAUGUGAUGAUUGGUUUCUUGCUGAUUGGCGUUGGGGUCUAUGCACGGGCGGCCUCCGUUGUCACAAAUCUGCCAAUAGUUGGAGGAAUCCUCGCCUGCGGCGUUAUACUCAUCUGUAUUUCUUUGCUGGGGCUCGCUGGCGCCGUCAAGCAUCAUCAAGUGAUGCUUUUCUUUUACAUGAUAAUUUUGUUCAUGCUCUUCCUCAUUCAGUUCUCCAUUGCCAGCUCAUGCCUGGCCGUCAAUUCGGUGCAGCAGCAACAGUUCGCUGAGCACGGCUGGAAGACGGUGCCAACCAAGUUGCGCAAACAGGUGCAAGACAGUUUUCUUUGCUGCGGCUUCAAUGCCACCACCACCACUACCACCAACACCAUCAACAGCGACAGCAGCAUCGAUGACGAAGAGCCCAGCUGCGAGAUAAUCAACAGAGAAUGUUGCGUGAACUCGAAGGAUCCACUUUGCCACUGCGAACCCUGCGGCCCCCUAUUGGAGAACAAAAUUGAUUAUGCUUUCAAGCUGUGCGGCGGUCUGGGCAUCUUCUUCAGCUUCACUGAGGUCUUGGCCGUUUUUCUCGCGCGUCGCUAUCGCAACCAGCACGAUCCCUGCUACUUGCCCGCACGCGCCGUUUUUCCACACAACUAUCAGUACUGAGUGAAGAUAGUGACGGAGCUGGAAGGAGAUCAAAGAGCCGAGGCGCAGGCAACUUUUAGUCAAAGGGACGAAGGCUGAUUUAUCAUAUAUUUUAUACAAACCUCCUAGCCUAAACUGAAGACAACUAAAAUUUCAGAGACAUGCAAUAGGUCUUUGAAUAGGUGCAUUAAGUGCUUGAUUAGUUCCUCGUUUUAAUUGUUAUAGAGAGAUUAAGUUUCCCACACUUGAGAUUAUAAUUGGUUUGGUGUUCAAUAUGAAAUCAAUAAUUGAACAUGCUUAUUUUAAUUAGCUUAUACAUAUUUUUAGUUCGCAACUGGCAACAAUCAUAAAACUCAACACAAACUGCUGUACCACAGAAAGUUAUAAAAAGCGAAAUUUAAAGAAAACAAAAACUAUAAAUCAUUUCGAACCUGAUAUAAGAGUAGAACCAAGUCAAAUGUAACUAACAACGGUAACUGUGUUUUAACAAAGCGUAAUAUAUACAUAAAGGCAACUUAUAUACAUCUACAUAUA